CAGUGCGUUUAUCGGACGUAGUGGUGAAUUGAUGGAGGCUUACGUAGGCGUGGUGGCGGAGUGCGAGGCGCGCGACAUGCCGGGCCCGAUGGACGCAGCCCUCGACUCCAUGCAUCAGCUGGACCCUCCACCGCCCGAUGUAUUGCUUGCUCUGCUGGCUAGGAACAAAGCGCUCGAAGCCAGUAUCCCGAAAUGUGGCGGGUGUCACGAGAUGAUCGUGGACCGCUACGUGCUGAAGGUGUCAGACCGCACGUGGCACGCGGGGUGUCUCCGCUGCGUGGAGUGCCGCGCCAUGCUCUCCGGGAAGUGCUUUGCCCGGAACAACCAGCUCUACUGCACCGACGACUUUUUCAAGCGGUUCGGCACCAAGUGCGCGGGGUGCGGGCAGGGCAUCCCUCCGACGCAGGUGGUGCGCCGCGCGCAGGCGCACGUCUACCACAUGCGCUGCUUCGCCUGCGCGGCGUGCGCGCGCACCCUCAACACUGGCGACGAGUUCUAUUUGAUGGAAGACGGGAAACUUGUCUGCAAACCCGACUAUGAAGCUGCUAGAGCGAAAGGUGCAGAAGGUUCGUUAGACGGCGACGCGGCGAGCAAGCGGCCGCGGACGACGAUCACGGCUAAGCAGCUGGAAACGUUGAAGAGUGCCUACAGCAGCAGCCCUAAGCCCGCCCGACAUGUCCGGGAGCAGCUGGCGCAAGACACCGGCCUGGACAUGCGGGUCGUGCAAGUCUGGUUCCAGAACAGACGAGCAAAAGAAAAGCGACUGAAGAAGGACGCGGGACGCACGCGCUGGUCGCAGUACUUUAGGUCGAUGAAGGGGUCGGGAGGCGGGUCACCGCGGCACGACCGCCUGCUUGACAAAGACGAGCUGAAGAUAGACCUUGAUUCCUUCAGCCAUCACGAGCUGAGUAACGACAGCUACAGCACGGUGGCGCUAGGCGGCGAGGAGGGGUCGCCUGCGGGGGGCGGCGGCGCGGGCGCAACUGGGGGCGCUAGAUACGCCGCCACGCCGCCUUACCUCCGGGCGCACUCACCUCCGCACCCUCACUACCAUUAUCCUCCUGAUCACCUGGUUUAUACUAACAUUGGUCAAGCAAUGAGCGGUGCCGGGCUAGGCACGGGCGCAGGCGGCGCUUCAGACCUGAGUAGCUCGUCAUCUCCCGCGGCGGGUGGCUAUCCGGACUUCCCGCCGUCCCCGGACUCAUGGCUAGGCGAGCACUACUCCCCGCGAGGGUUCCCCUAGCGGCGGCCACCGCCGGCGCACGCGCAGCCCGCGCCCCCGCCGCUCUCCCUGCCCUACCCCCCGCCAGCUCUCGCUCAGCAACCGCUCGAACUUGUCGUCAAGCGAGAACUGUGACCAGUAACUGUUUACCAUAACUUUGUAACAAGUUUUAUCGUGUAAAUUUAUUAUUAUAACACCUUACGAGACAAUGAAACUAUGAAACAAAAGGUGUAAUCUCAACUCCAGGUAUUGAGAUAUGAGAUUCUAGUGACGUGGGUAAAGUUAAAGCGCAAAUUGAACAGUCUUUAAACGCCUUAUAUGUAGCAAGGUAUGUAAAUAAAUUACUAGGUUUAUAUAAUGUGAAUGUCACUACUGAUGUAAA